GGUUACUCGAGUUACUUGAUCAAAGGUUACUUGAGAUAGGGGUUCACUCAGUCAAAGGUUACUUGUGGGGUUACUUGGUUAGGGGUUACUCGAGGGAUUACACGGUCAUGGGUUACUCGAUCCGAGUUACUCGGUUAGGGAUUAUUUAAGAAGUUCGGCCAAGGGUUACUCGAGUAAUUUGGUUGUAAUCCAUAAAAUAUGUUAGAUAGUGGUGAAAUCCAUUUUUUUUUAUUUUUUAUUUUUAUUUUUUUGGUGUUAUAAUACAAGUUUUAGAUUUUGUGGUGUUAUAAUUAGGGGUGUCAAUUCAAAUGAUAGGAUCAGAUUUGAUCUGAUAUGAUCAGGUCGGGUCGGGUCAAUUUUUAAAGUUAAGUCAUACUCCCUCCGUCCUUAAAUUACAUUCCUACUUCUAGCCUUUAUAAUAGAUAAUAGAGAGAAGUAGGAAUGUAAUUUAGGGACUAAUAGAGAGAAGUAGAAAAUGUAAUUAAGGGACGGAGCGAGUACAAAAUUGUUAUGUCCACGUGACUCCAAAUUUAAAUCGGAUAUUUUUUGGAUCGAUUUCGAAUCGGGUGGGGUCGGGUGGGGUGUGCUUUUGACACCUCUACCGACAUCUCUAGUUAUAAUCCAUUUUUUUAAAAAAUUUGUGGGUAUAUUUUCUAAUUUUUUUCCUACUAGUAUUAAAUCAUUGUUGACUCUAUUAAUCUCAGUCAUUGCUGGAGAUAAUGGAUUCUUCCGGCGCAGGCGAUCUCCCAAAAGCAACCUGAAAUUCCGGUACACAGUUUCAAAGAUCUUCGGAUUUUCGUUUCACUUAUGAUCUUGAUGCAACACCGAUAUUGUCUUUUUCUGGCGGCUGCUGUAAGUGGGGUUGUAGAAUUUGAUGCUUACCAAAUCACUGAUUAAUCCUGUUUCUGCUUCAGCAUCGUCUUCUCGGGAGUACUAUUGUGAAAGCGGAACUCGCUUCCUGAGGAGAGAUAGUUUAAUUUCUCAUCAGCUGUUUAGUGAUGCUGUUUCGAUUAAGGAAGAUUUGACUGCAAUUGCAAUGCUGUCACCAGUGUCAAAACAACCAAAGUUGCAGCUGGCAGAACAGGAUGCCAAGACAUCUGUGUCAAACAAUCCGCAGGAGUUGGCUGUGGCAGACCCAUUUGAACAGUCUGUUAUAACAUCAGUGUCGAACAAGCCACGGGAGUUGAAUGUGGCAGACCCAUUUGAACAGUCUUCUAUGACAUCAGUGUCGAACAAGCCACGGGAGUUGAAUGUGGCAGACCCAUUUGAACAUUCUGCUAUGACAUUUGUGUCGAACAAGCCACGGGAGUUGAAUGUGGCAGACCCAUUUGAACAGUCUUCUAUGACAUCAGUGUCGAGCAAGCCACAGGAGUUGAAUGUGGCAGACCCAUUUGCACAUACUACCAUGCCAUCAGUGUCAACCAGGCAACCACAAGAGUGCAAUGUGGCGGACUCAGUUGCACAGAUUGAUAUGCAUCUCCGUGAGGCAUUGACAGCUGGGACGGAGUUAAUGGAAAAUUUGAAACUGUCAGGGUCUGAGAACGAUUUGGCAGCAUCAGAACUUGCAGAGCAAGUGAUUCUCUCUGCGAAACGAGUCCAAAAACUACUUCCAGUGAAGAAGGAGAUGAUGUUUCGUAAGGAGUUGCUUCCAAUGGAUCUUACUCCAAGUGGUGUUAGCAAAUUGAAAUGCUUACCUAUUCCAAAGGUGUUUGCCGAGAAAUAUUUCCCUAAGCUGCUUUCUUCAAUCAAAAGUAUCCUGCUUAACUUUGAAGAUCUUACUGGGAAGUUGUGGACAUUUCAGUACUCCUACUGGAACACCUACCAGUGCUACAUCCUCGCUGAAGGCUGGAGCCGCUUUGUUGAGGAGAAACAGCUCUCUGUGGGUGAUACUGUCUUUUUUUACCGUGGAGUUGGAGGGGAAGAUAGGUACAAAUUCUUCAUUCAUUGGAGUCGUAGGGGUGCUUUGGCUAAGCAAUUCCUUGGUAAUGCACUGCUCUUCCGAAUGCUUAAUUCCCCUCCUAAUGCUUCAUAUGAUGAGAUGGAUGCUGAUGAUGUCCAUGCUCCUUUUACUCCAUUUCCUUUUACCCCGUCUCCUUUAACUCCAUAUCCCUUUACUCCGUCCCCUUUAACUCCAUAUCCCUUUACUCCGUCCCCCACUUUGAGUGAUGGGUUGAUUGUUGAUGAUGCUCUUGCUCCUUACUUUCAUUCUCUUAGCCCCAAUCAUUGUUCCCCUUGCGAGGCAGACUUUGAUGGGGUGAUUGCUGAUAAGGCCUUGCGUUAUUGUGCUUUGUUUCCUCAUAAUUACGAAUUCGAAAAAGAAACAGUCAUUCAAUUAUGGAUGGCACAUGGUGUUUUUGUGAGGGAGCCAAUGGAGGGAAAUGCUGAUUUUUUUUUUGAGAAUUGGCUGACCCGUGGUUACUUUUUAUUUUGCCAAACCAAUUUGGUGACUGGGAAAGCAAUGUACAAAUUCAAGAGGGAUUGCUGUUUAUUCCCAUUAUCGAUUUUAAGUGGCAACCAUGUAGUUCUGAUAGAGGGAAAUUCAAACUUAAAUGAUGUCUCUGUAGAAGUAUCUCAUGUUUCUAUCAGGUGUUACACUCAAAAAAAUUCCACUGUCUUUCAAGAACUCAAGAGAUUCAAGCAUCUAAGAACACUUAUGUUUCUCCGUGGUCAUGAUUUGAGCUUCAAGCAAGUCCCUCGAGAUUUCUUUUUGUCAUUGAAGUUACUACAAGUUUUGGAUUUGAGUCAGACUUGUCUCUUGGAGCUGCCCAGUUCUAUAGGGAAUUUGAAAUGUCUACGUUAUUUAGACCUUUCAGAGACUCUCAUCAAACGUUUGCCUGCAGCAAUUGAUUGCCUUGAGAAUUUGCUGACUUUGAAACUCCGAGGUUGCUUGAAUCUCACUUCCUUGCCAAAAGGAAUGAAUAAGCUGGUUAAUCUGCGUCAUCUUGAGCUUGAUGUUCGUAGACAGUUACGCUCAAUGCCUCCAGGGUUAGGAACUUUAACUAACAUUCAAACACUGUCAGCUUUCCUUGUUGAUCUGGAAGACGAAUGCAGCAUACGACAGUUACAGAACAUGAAUAACCUCUCAGGGAACUUUUGUAUCUGCAGGCUUGAGAAUGUGUUGACGAAGGAUGAGGCCAUAGAAGCUUGUUUAUGCUACAAAUCAAAGCUUACAAAGUUGGAGUUACAGUGGAGUGACUCACAAAAUGAAGAUGUUUCAGGUAGUGGAGAAGUCCUUUCUUCUCUUGUGCCAAAUACAAGCCUUGAAGAGUUGCAUAUUAGUUGUUUUGAUGGUUUUGAUCUGCCUGGUUGGAUUUGUGAUCCAGCUUUUUCUAAGCUGGUCCGUAUCACCCUCUUCAAGUGUGAAAACUGUUUAGUCCUACCAUCUCUUGGACAACUUCCAUCGCUCAAAUUCCUAAACAUAUUGGACUUUCACAAACUGAAGGUGAUUGAUCAUAAUUUUUAUGGUUGGCUUGACUUCCAAGGGGUCAUUGCCUUCCCUAAGUUGGAGAAGUUAGCUAUUGAAAACAUGCUUAGCCUAGAAGAAUGGAGUGGAAUGGAAAAAUCUGUUUUUCCUUGCCUUCUUAAACUCACAAUUAAGUAUUGCCCCAAACUCUGUAGCUUAAACACGCUUUCAAAUCUCAGUUUUCUCAAAUAUUUGGAGAUAAGUCACUGUGAUAUGCUUGAAUCUUGGACUGAUGGCAGAUUGCCUCCUUCAGUUGAGACACUCAUUAUUGAGGAUUGUCCCAUGAUCUCUGUGGAAUCCUUGAAGAAUGGAGGCCAAGAUUGGCACAAGGUGGCGCACAUUCAAAGUUUGUGGGUUGAUAAUCAAGAGAUACCUUCUGGGGCAGCAGAGUAGCUUUCCUUCAAUUGUUAUUCUGCCAUUAUUGAUUCAUGUAAAAUAUACUACAUAUCAAUUUUGCUGGUUUUCUCACUCAAUUUCAAGGAGGCAAUAGAGUUGAUGUCUGAUAUCAACUUGCAUUUCGAUCUAUUUUCCAUUUAAAUGAUGAGCAAAUUGUAUUUUUGCAGUUUACAUGGCUCUUCCCGUAAUGAGUUCCCCGUUUUCUCCAAUAUUGACUAUACCGAUGGACGUUAGUUUAUUUUCCCUCAUUUGAAACUAGGUCGCAACUCAUUCUUCAAUGGUUAAACGAACGUCGUUUUACCGAAGUAUCUGAUACCGAGGACUUUCACAUAGCAUUGCUGGUGACAUUGUUCCGUUUGUAUUCAAAGUGGACUGGACCAAUGGUGAUGAAUUUUGCCGGCGAUGACAUGGCUGCCUCGGUUAGUUUGAAUUUCGUAAAUUAGGUUAUUGAACUUAUUGAAUUUGGAUAUUGUUGUAUAAUUUGAUGAUUAUUGAUUUGUACUGGACUAUUGGAAUGUA